UCAACUGUCACAGUCAUGUCAUGAGUUACAGCUAAAAAAGCUUUUAAUAAAAAACUCAAAAAGACUAUUGUUGUUUCCCAAAAAUUUGUUUACAUCAUUUACAGUUUAGUGCGUAUUGGAUACCGCUAAAUAGAGAUAAUAUUUAUUUUAUUAUUACAGCGAUAUUGAUCGUUUAUCAUACCGUUACAACGUAUUACAGUCACGUAUUUCUUCAAAGCAUUUGCUACAAUGGUGCAAAAAGGUCCGCGUCCCCUGGUGCUGUGUGGACCUUCGGGUUCAGGCAAAAGUACGUUAUUGAAGCGUCUACUGAAAGAAUUUCCGGAUAAAUUCGGCUUUAGCGUGUCCCACACAACCCGUGGCCCUCGACCGGGAGAAACGGACGGAGUUCAUUAUCAUUUCACCACUGUAGAGGAAAUGAAAGCUGCUAUUGAUAGAGGUGAAUUUAUUGAAAAUGCAAUAUUCAGUGGAAACAUGUAUGGAACCAGUAAACGUGCAGUAGAAGAUGUUCGUCGUCAGGAGAAGAUAUGCAUUCUUGACAUUGAUAUUGAAGGUGUGAAACAAAUCAAAAACACAGACUUGGAUCCAUUGCUUGUGUUUGUGAUGCCACCGUCUAUCAAAGAGCUAGAGAGACGUUUGCGAGGACGUAACACUGAAGAUGAGGAAGCAUUAAAGAAAAGGCUUGAAACAGCUAAAAAGGAAAUUUUAUAUGGUCAGGAGCCAGAUAACUUUCACAUUGUCAUUGUAAAUGCCAGAAUAAAAGAGGCUUAUUCUAAACUUCGAGAUUUCGUUUCCCAGAAUAUGGUGGAGAAAAAAUCAGAACCUGAAGCGACCCAGGAGUGAAAAGCAUGCAUAGAAACCGCUACCAAUUAACCAGAAAGCUUGUUACUUUGCGUUUUUUCAAGUGUGUUAUUAAUUUAUUAUGUUAAAUUAAUGUACUAGUAUAGUUCUUCUAUUUUUUUAUGAAGACAGUUUGCCUUUACAUGUAGUAGCAAGUUGAUACACUAACGCCUAUGUGUGUGUAACAUUUAAACCAAUCGAUUUAGCGUUCCGGUACGAUACCGCGUAUAAACCCUGAGUGGAGUUAGCCCGCUUCCAUCUUAUACUGCUUCGACACAAAAAUACAUAAAUUAUUUAGUUAUACACAGGACGACCUGUUAAAGAAAACCGUUGCUUAGCAACCACUCACAGGUAGAUGGUAAUUAUAGCUUGGCAAGUUCGUUGAUGACACUCCCAUGAUACGCGGGCGACGAGGGAAGACUGCGCGGGUAUAAAGUCGUGCGAGCUGGGCAUCGUUACACCCCUCCCAGCCCGCGCCGAACAUCGGGAGUAUUAUUAACGAAUUUGCCAAGUUAUUAAUAAUAUAUUUUUGCAGCAACGGUUCUCUGAACAUCAUACAACUACAUCCAAAAGCUAUACUGUAUUGGUAUUCUGAAAUUAGAAAAACUAUACUAAUAUUUUGUUGUUUUGUUUGCUUUAAGAACUACAUUGAUUUAAGAAAACUAAUAAUUGACAAUUAUUAAAAUAUAUAUUAUUUUAAGAGCCGGUUUCACCAACUUAUGAGAGGGGGUGUAUAGCUUAUUCCCUUUGGUCUUUGUCAUUUGACUUAAAGAAAGGGAUAAAACAUAUGUUCAAACUAUCAAACACUUGUCAGAAGGUGGUGAAACUUGCCCUAACGAUUUGAAAUAUACUAGUACAUCAGUGUUACUAGUAUACUAGUAGUAGUAGAAUUUCUUUUUAUGUUUGUGAGAUGCAUAUUGCCCUGAUGAGGUCUAAGAUGCCCUCAACAAGAUGUCUGAAUAUAUACUCAGAGGCACAAUUAUCCGCCCACUUUAUUAUACUCGCGUCAUAAUAAAGUGGGCGGAUAUAUGUAUGAAAGAGCAAAAAUCUGCCACAUAGUAUAUUGAUAUCAAUAUAAUAAUAAUAUAUUGGCGGCCAAGCUCAUGUAGUAAUUAACCAUUUACGCAGGAGAUAUUAUAGUGCACAAAUGUAUGCGCAAGCACAGGUGCACUCUCAACUUCAGGCAGCUAUUAAUGUAAUUUUUCCCCAAUAACGAAUUUUUUGUUGGCCUGACCCGGGAUUUGAACCCUGAACCUCGUUGUCCGUAGUCGAAUCAUCUUACCACGUAACCAAUGAGGGAAUUAAUCAAUAUUAUAUCAACGUACUAUGAGGCAAAAUGAAUGAGAUACGAAACUCAUAGUUUAGGAACCCAUACACCAAAGUUUUAUGUAUUUGUAAAUUAUAUUUCCUUGACUCUUCAAUACAUUCGCAGGCUGAGUGUGGUGAAUAAUAACAAAUAUAAAAUAAUUCAAUAGAUGUCACUGUUCGCGCUAAGCUAACGAUUCCUAUCUCACUCCUAUA